AAAAGUUUUUGUUUUGUUUUUUUUUUGCUGAAUGCUGAUCUUGAUCUUGUUUUGUACUUGAAGAGUUCAUCACAUUACAGGAAUUUAUAUAUUCGUUUAAGUGCUAAAAUGCAUAUUCGAGUAGGAGACGUUGUUUCUUUAAUAAUUCGCGAUAGGUUUGGCCAAAUAAUUGAACAAAUAGCUUAUGUUCUUCAAAUGCAUGGAUCACUUACCUUAAACCAAAUUAAACGUAUCACGGACCUUCCCUUGUCGAAGGUCAAAGAAGCAUUAUGCAUCCUAAUCAAAUAUAAGUUGGUUUCAUUCGAACGAUGCAGUUUUAAGCGAAGUAUUGCAGAAUAUGCACUGUGUAUUGAAAAUGUAUUGCGCAUGCUGCGCUAUCCUCAAUACAUGAUAUUAAUUAAAAAAAAAUUUGGUGAUCAGUCUGAGAUGAUUAUAGAGGAAUUACUGCAGAAUGGUUAUUUAACUGCUGGAAAUACAAUUCUCAAUAUAGCAGAACGAUUGAAUUGUGAGAAAAGUGAACUUUCUACUAUUAAAGAUAAAUUUGUAUCACUGGCAGUGGCCAAAUAUAUUGAAAGAAUUAAACUAAGUGAGGAAGAUGAGCAUCCAGUACCUGUUCUUGAGAUUCCCAAAUCAGAAAUGCCUGAUCAACUUUCAAUUGAUAUGCAUUUAUUGACCCAGGCUCACAUGAAAAAAAUUGAUAAAAAGGAAUUACCUGCUAAUGAAUAUUGGACUGUAAAUUUUGACAGGUUUCAUCAAGAUAUGAGAGACCAAUGUAUUGUUGAUGCCUUCACAAAUAGAAUUGAUGACAAUGCAGGUGAAUUUGUGAAGUUGUUAAUACAACAAAUGUACAUAAGAACUGAUCCAUGGGCAGAGUCUUCAAAUCCUGUUCCACUGUCUGAGAUUAAACGAGUUGCAACAAAGAAAGUAACUCACCCAAAUCUUAUCACUUUUUUUGAUCAAUAUGUGAACAUAAUAGAACAAGAUAAUCAUGACAUCAUUGUUAAAGCUGGAGAAGCAAGUGGGGGUUCUUUCCAAAUACAUCUAAAAAAAGCAUUUACUGUACUGGCUUGGGAGGUAGUUGAACAAGUUAUUCUUCAGAAGUUUGAUUCAAAAGCAACUAGAAUAUUCAGAUUGGUCAAAGAGAAAGAGUUUAUAGACCCUGAACAACUACAACAGUUGGUAAUGAUUCCAUCCAAGGAUGCCAAGAAAAUUUCAUACGAAUUAGUACAAGAGAAAUUCUUGAAAAUCAAGGAUUUUAAAAAACCCACAUCAAAUAGUGGACCAGUUAAAUCACCCACGUUAUUCUAUAUUGAACUAGAAUCAAUUGUAGAAAAUUUGUAUAGUUUGUGCUUCAAAACACUAUAUAAUCUUAUUGCAAAAAGAAAUCACGAAUAUGACACUAAUAAGAGGCUACUCGACAAGAAGCAAAGAUGCAAUAUGAUUGUUUUGUUGAUGAAAUCUCAAGGGGCCACAGAGGAGCAAAUAGCUGAAUUUGAAGAAAACAUAACUCCUCCAGAAAGAGAAAUAAUCACCAAAGUUGAGAAAAACAUAAAGAAACUGAAUUUGGCCGAAUUGGAAAUGGACCACACAAUUUUCAUUCUGGAAAUGUAUCUAAAAUACACAUUUUCGAAAGUUAGGUUAAGUUGAAGUUCACCAAUUGGAUAUCCUGAAUUUGUUAUGUACAUAUUACAUAGUUAUUUGAAAUAUAAUAUAUUGUAUAUAAACCUUAAAAUAUCUAAGCUAGGAUGAAUAAUAAAAAAUAGAUUGUA